UUCCGAGGGAUACCAAUGACGGAAGUAACUCCAGAGUUGGCCUACAAAAAUACGUAAUCACUGUGCGUUAGCCCUUUCAUCUUCUUAAAUUGACCCUGAAAAUAUGGCGGCUUCCUUCGUUCGUCUUCUCUGUGGAGGGCUGAGCAGGAGUUUUAAGUCUGCCUAUUGGAAUACUGUUCUGCAAGCAAGGUUGGAGUCUACUUCGACUGACCCCAGACCCACAGUCAGGCCCAAGGAUGCAGUUACACUAGACCAACUCUCUGCUUUUGGAGGGUAUGUUGCGGAGAUGCUCCCCAAGUAUGUACAGCAAGUCCAGGUGACUUGUUUCAAUGAGCUGGAGGUAAUGAUACAGCCUGAAGGGGUCAUUCCUGUGCUCACAUUCCUGCGCGAUCACACCAAUGCCCAGUUCAGGAACAUGACAGACCUCACUGCAGUGGAUAUCCCAACACGCCACAAUCGUUUUGAGAUAGUGUACAACCUGCUAUCACUUCGCUACAACUCCCGGGUCCGAGUGAAGACUUACACCGAUGAACUGACCCCUGUGGACUCCUCUGUCUCCAUCCAUCAGGCAGCCAACUGGUAUGAGAGGGAGGUGUGGGACAUGUAUGGAGUUUUCUUUGCAAACCAUCCAGAUUUGAGGAGGAUCCUCACUGAUUAUGGGUUUGAAGGGCAUCCAUUCAGAAAGGAUUUCCCUCUGUCAGGAUAUGUGGAGGUGCGUUAUGAUGAUGAGGUGAAGAGGGUGGUGGCUGAGCCUGUGGAACUGUCUCAGGAGUUCCGCAAAUUUGACCUGAACAGCCCUUGGGAGGUUUUCCCGGCCCACCGCCAGCCCAAGGACAGUCCCAAGCUGGAGACCGGAAAUCAGAUGCAAUAGAUGGUGUUGACUUAAUAGCCCCAAUGUCUGACAUUGUCCUGUUUUCCAUUUCCAUUAACAUCAUUACUAAGAUAGUAAUGAUCACAGUUCAGUAAAUGUGUAAAUAAAGUUUAACAUCAAAAA